AUGGCUAUCAUUCACUUGGUGUUCUUUGCAUGGAAACCGGAUGUCUCCAAGGAGCAGGUUUAUGAAGUUCUAACGCGUUUGCAAGCUCUAGAGCAGGACUGUAUCCAUCCGACCUCCAAGAAGCCGUACAUUAAGUCGCUCAAAGCCGGCAGUAAUAACUCCCCGGAAGGCGUUUCGGAUCCCUACACACACGGUUUUGUGGUCGAGUUCGAGGGCGCCGAAGAUAGAGAUUACUACGUCGACAAAGAUCCUGCGCAUACUGAUUUUAAGAGUUUUGUCGGACCGCAUCUAGCGAGUGUGAAAGUGGUAGACUUUGAGCCAGGGGUGUUUUAG